AUGGAAUUGAUACAAGGGGCUGAGAGGGAUAAGUUCACACAACUGAGGAGUUAUGCACAAGAACUUUUGAAUUCAAACCCUAACAGUAAUGUUAUUUUACAGUGUAUUGAUUCAACUAAUGGACCUGUAUUUGUAAGAAUCUAUGUGUGUUUAAGAGCAUGUAAAGUUGCAUUUGCAAAAUUUUGUAGACCAUUAAUAUGUCUGGAUGCAUGCUUUCUGAAAGGUGACUAUGGUGGACAAUUGAUGGCAGUUGCUGAAAGUGAUGGGAAUAACCAAAUAUUUCUCAUUGCAUAUGGACUUGUUCCAGCUGUUCAAGGCAUAAGUGAACAUGUUGAGCAGGGGUUGUGUGUAAAGCAUCUGUAUGGAAAUCGGAAGAAGAAGUUUUCAGGGUUGGUUUUGAAAGAGUUCUUUAGGAGUGCACCUAGGGCUACUACCAUCCAAGAAAGGGUUUGGUCAAGAUCACACUUCAAGACACAUGUUAAGUGUGAUCUUCAAGUUAACAAUUGGUGCGAGGCAUUUAAUAGAGCUAUACCAGAGCACAGAGACAAACCAAUAAUAAGCUUGUUAGAGGGAAUUAAACAUUACAUCACUAAAACGAUUACAAGUCAGAAGGAAAUGAUGCAAAAGUACAAUGGAGAUAUAUGCCCUAAUAUCCAACUUAUUCUUGAAAAGAACAAGAAGCAUUCUCAUGGUUGGAUUCCUACUUGGCAUGGUGAUGAUGAUAUGGAAAUAUUUGGAGUAAACAAUGGGAGAGACACUUUUUGUAUUAAUCUCAAAGAAGGAACUUGUUCAUGCAGAAAGUGGAUGUUGAAUGGGAUUCCUUGCAGCCAUGCUAUUUCUUAUAUGUGGCAAAUAAAGAAAUCUCCAGAAGAAUAUGUUGAUGACUAUUACAAGAAAUCUAAGUAUUUGGAAUGUUAUGGCAAUAUCAUAUACCCAACUAAUGGACCACAAUUGUGGCCUGUUAUGGAUGGACAAAUGGCAGUCAACCCACCAUUGAUGAGAAGGGCUAUUGGACGCCCCUAA